AUGGUAGAGCCAACUGAGAAAUCCCCCAAACCGCUGGCCAUCGUGGGGCUGUCAUUUCGACUCCCUCAGAAUGCAAUUAGCUCGGAAGCAUUUUGGGAGAUGAUCAUAGCGCGUCGCUGCGCCAUGACAGAGUUUCCCAGGGAUCGAUUAAACAUUGACGCCCACUACCGUCCAGAAAUGGACAGGCUAGACAGCCUGUCGAUACGCGGAGGUCAUUUUCUGGAGGAGGAUAUCAGUCGUUUUGACGCCCCGUUUUUCUCCAUAACGGCUGCAGAAGCCGAGGCCAUGGAGCCUCCGCAGCGACUGAUUCUCGAGACGGCUUUCCAUGCGCUAGAAGAUGCUGGGAUCCCUUUACAGCACAUCGCUAAGUCCAAGACGGCGGUAUUCGCAGGCUCAUCCGGCCAUGACUGGCUCAUAUUACAGUCCAAGGAUCCUCUGCGCCAGCACAAGUAUAAUAUCACUGGGACAACUUCGAACAUGCUAGCAAAUCGUGUCAGUUGGUUUUUUAACCUCACGGGGCCUAGUGCCACCGUCGAUACAGCUUGCUCCAGCAGCCUGAUGGCUAUUGAUCUGACAUGUCAAUCAAUCUGGAGUGGCCAGUCUACCAUGGGACUCGCGAUGGGUAGCAACCUUUUAUUAGCGGCCGAGUCGACAUUGAUGAUGGAUAAUCUGGGCCUUCUGUCUAAGAACAAUCGAUGCCAUAGCUUUGACCAGUGUGGCAACGGUUACUCUCGCGGCGAAGGUGUCGGUGUUCUAGUCAUCAAGCCAUUGGAAGAUGCGGUGCGAGAUGGAGACACUAUCCGGGCUGUCAUCCGAGCAUCUGCAUCGAAUCAGGACGGGAAGACCCCAGGCAUCACACAACCAAGCGCAGAGAUGCAAGCAAGUUUGAUCCGAGAUACAUACCGCCAAGCCUAUCUCGAUAUGGGUAUCACACGCUAUUUUGAAGCGCACGGAACAGGAACUGCAAUCGGAGACCCGAUUGAGAUAAAGGCUAUUGGCUCAGUUUUCCGCCAGCAUCGUUCGCCGGCAGAGCCAUUAUACAUAGGAUCCGUAAAAUCAAAUAUUGGGCAUUUAGAGGGUGCUAGUGGUAUUGCUGGUGUCAUCAAAGUCAUAUUGGCUUUAGAGAAAGGCAUAAUCCCACCAAACAGUGAAAAUCUGCAGCAACUCAAUCCAAGGAUUGACGACGAAUUCUGGAAUAUCCAAUUCCCCAAAGAUGCUCUUACAUGGCCCACAGAUGGACUACGGCGAGCUUCUAUCAGUUCGUUUGGAUACGGAGGUUCCAACACGCAUAUCGUUUUGGAUGAUGCCUACCAUUCCCUUCUUGGUAAUCAUUUAGACGGGAAACAUAACACAACCCCACUGCUUUCUUCAGUUGUCCGCAGCAACAAGUCAGAAGUAAAUGGCAUUGCAGGCCCGAAGGAAAAUGGAGUGAAUGGAACAGCCCAGCUUGACGCACCUAAACUUCUUGUUUGGUCGGCAGCAGAUGAAGGAGGCGUCUCUCGCCUUCAAAAUACCUGGAAUUCCUUUUUCUCGACAUGGUCUGGGGAAAACAAAAAACCAUUCCUCCAUAAUCUAGCAUAUACUCUGACCACUAGACGCACACACCUACCGUGGAGAACCUUUGCUGUCGCGCGUCCGUCAGAUAAUUUCAACUAUGUGGGAGAGCGAUUCAGCUCAGCCUGUCAGUCUCGCGAAUCUCCCAACCUUGCUAUGAUAUUUUCUGGUCAAGGGGCGCAAUGGUACGCCAUGGGACGUGAGCUUCUCCACAUGUAUCCCACGUUUCUGCAGAGCAUCGAAGAAGCGGGAGAAUAUCUCCGUAAUUUGGGCUGCGAAUGGAGUCCCUUGGAGGAGCUUCAGAAGCCCAAGGCCGAGUCAAAUGUCGAUCGGACCGAGUAUAGUCAGAUUUUGUGCACAAUACUGCAGAUAGCUUUGGUGGACCUUCUCCGUUCAUUCAAUAUUGUACCCAAAGCAGUCCUUGGUCAUUCAUCUGGGGAAGUUACUGCAGCGUACUGCGCCCGCGCCAUAUCCAGACGCUCGGCCUGGAAAGUAUCAUAUUACCGAGGUAAUAUGAGCAGCCAACUGGAGAAAUGCGCAAAGAUGAAUGGUUCCAUGCUAGCAGUUGCACUUUCCGAGAAGGAAGUCAUGCCUUAUAUCGAACUGGCUAGUGCUGAGUUUGAGGUCCCUCGGCUUACUAUAGGGUGCAUCAACAGCCCUAAAAGUGUGACGAUCUCUGGAGAAGGUGUUCAGCUCGAUGCACUGAAAGCCCGCCUUGACAAAGAAAACGUGUUUUGUCGCAGACUCAAAGUAAAUUUGGCCUACCACUCGUCUCAAAUGAAAGAGAUUGCGUCCGAAUACCUAGCCGCUCUAGGCGAGUUGGAAGGGACUAACUCGGCGUACCAUACUCGGCCGCAAAUGGUUUCUUCGAUUACCGGUGACUGGAUCGAUCCAGAUGAGCCGUGUCAGGCCUCUCACUGGGUGCGAAAUAUGAUUUCUCCGGUGCGCUUCUCUGGUGGCCUGGCAACUCUCUGUGCCGCAUCUUCAGAUACUGAAAAGGUACUAGAUGGCAGUCACCGGAGGAAGUACAAGAUCGACCACAUCCUGGAGAUUGGUCCACACUCUGUCCUACAGGGUGCGUGCAAGGAUGUACUGAAGCAAAUGAACAGAAGUUCCUCCAUCAAGUACUUGUCGUUGCUGGUCCGAAACAUGUCGGCUGUCGAUACAGCCUUCUCUGUUUUUGGUGACUUGUAUGCUGCUGGGUACCCGAUUAAUCUCUCAUUGUUGAACAAGGAUGAACACACCGCCAUGGCUCUCCCAAACUUGCCGAAAUAUCCCUUCAAUCAUGAAAAAUCUUAUUGGCACGAGAGCAGAAUCAGCAAAGGCUACCGCUUGCGACAGUAUGCUCGCAAUGAUCUUCUGGGGCUUCCAGAACCGGACCAAAACCCGCUGGAAGCGCAAUGGAGAAACCUCAUUCGGGUGUCAGAAAUGCCGUGGGUUCAGGAUCACAAGAUCAAUGGAGCAAUUCUCUACCCAGGUGCUGGAAUGCUGGUCAUGGCAAUUGAGGCAGCUAAACAGCUAUCUGACCAGGGAAGACCAAUCUCUGGUUUCAAUUUGCAGAAUGUGGAGUUUCGCUCAGCAAUUCGAGUUCCAUCAGGCGCAGAUGGAAUCGAGACUAGCUUUCAUCUGCGCCCGGCGAGGAAUAUGGAAUCGAAGUCGUCGGCCAGAUUUGACUUCCAGAUAUUUACUCUGGCAAAUGAAACCUGGACGGAAAAUUGCUCGGGUUCUAUCCGGAUUGUGUACAGUGACAAGGAAGAAGAGAUAGACAAAGGUCUGUCUGUGGAACUUCAGGAUUCUCAAAAGAACGCCUAUGCAGCUGCUUUGGCAAAAUGUAAGUCUAGUACGAGUGGUGAGAAGAUCUAUGAGAUCUUGAACAAGUCAGGCUAUGGCUACGGAGCAGCUUUUCAGUUGAUCACCGACUUGGCUCUUGGAAAGCCCAGUGCUGAAGUCACAGCUACUGUCCGAAAUUUCAGCUCCUCUUCGGGAGAAACCAUUCAUCCAACAACUUUGGAUGCUAUUCUUCAAACAUCCAUCUGGGCAGCAGUUCCUUCCAACGGAGAAGCUAUUUCUACCGCCAUCCCCACACACAUCAACAAUGUAUGGGUUGAUAGCCAAGCCAUCGCGUCCCGUAAUCUCAAGACAUAUGGCUCGGUUGCUGAAGUAUCGCAAUUUCUUGGGCCUGCUGCCAGCAUUGUUGCACUCGAUGAUAACUUACAGAAGACGUUGGUCUCUAUUGAAGGUCUUCAUAUGAAUGUUGUCAGCUCAUCGGAGACUACAGACACCACUCAGAAAUCUGUUGAUAGCCUGUGCCAUCAUAUUGAGUGGAAGCCAGACUUGAAGCUCUUGAGUGAUGUUGAAGUCAUUGAUUUGUGUAUAACGGGAUUCGUCAAAAAGGACGGACAUGAAGCUCUCUGUAGCGAAUUGGACUUCCUCAUCGCAGCACGAAUUGCGGAGACGCUCUCAUAUUUGUCACAGAAAGGAAUCCAAGUCGCUGGAUCAAAUAUAAAGAACUACCACAAUUGGCUAAUUGAUCGCCAGAAGUUGCUGGAAGAAGGGCAGCUCGAAAUUGAGAUUGAUGGAUGGAGAAAGCUUCUAAAUGAUUCCGACUAUGUCCAGGAAGUUCAUAAUCGAGCGAUGGGGACUAAAAGAGGCUAUCCAUAUGCCUACCUUGCUCAAAACCUGACAAAGGUCUUGACUGGUGAACUGAACAUCUCGACCUUCUUGCAAACAGAGAAUAUACUGGAUCAAGUGUAUCACGAGCUCGUUACUCAAUCUCCCGGUUUCCAUGGAUUGACCAAAUAUCUCGAUCUCUUUUCACAUCGUCAUCCAAAGGCGAAGAUCAUGGAGAUCGAUGGAGGUGGUGGAUCGGUGACAGAUCUUAUUGUCACUUCUCUUGAAGCCAAUACAAACCAAUCUCGUUGCAGAAGCCUCGAAUAUACUGAUAUCUCAUCAGAAAAUGUCGCAAAAGCUCAAGGAAGAUUUUCUCCCGAGGUUGAGGGAAUGGGUUUCAAAGUCAUGGACAUCAACCGUGAUCCCGCAGAUCAGGGGUUUGAAUGCGGAAGUUAUGAUAUGGUUGUCAUCUCGAUGAUUUUCAGCGAGGUCCGAUCUGCCAAAAACAGACUUACGAAUGCACGAAAGCUUUUGAAGCCGGAUGGGAAGCUAGUUUUGUACGAUGGGAUCGCACCAGAUGGUCGAUUCGCAUUCAUGUUUGGCUUGCUUGAGCAGUGGUGGCAAGGCCAAGCACCAUACUCCAAAUUUGGGCGAUGUAUGGAUCAGAGCGAAUGGGAUGCGCUUUUGAGACAAACUGGGUAUUCCGGCCUUGAUACAACGCUCUCGGAUUCCAGCAACAAACCUUUACCCGACUGCAAAGUGAUGAUAUCAACUGCCACCGAAAACAAACUUAUAUCUUCUGUUUCAUCGAUUGAGAUCAUAUUCGAUUCAGCACAGGCCGAUCAAUUGGUCCUGGCAAAUCUCAUUGCCAAGCAGUGCAGCCUAUUUGGAUGCGCCCCUGUCCGUAUGGUCUCAAUGACCGAGGCAAAGGGAGACCAGCCAACUGAAGAGAUACUUAGAGUGUUUAUUCUUGAGCUUGAGAACUUGGUUUGGUCGGAUAUUCAAAAAGAUUUAUAUGAGCAACUGCAAGCCCUUCUCUCUUCAACCUUGCGUGCACUGUGGAUCAACCAGGGAGGGGGUAUCUUGCCAACAAAGCCACAUUUCCGGCUUGUUGAGGGGUUGUUCCGCACAUUGAUGGAAGAAGAUGGUCGAAAACAGCUGAAUCUCCUUUCAAUCGAGCCCGGAGAUGAUGUGAAUGGAAAAUCACAGCAAAUUGCAAAAUUAGUUCGAUUGUUGAGCUCGGGAGUGGCUACGGAAGUGGAUACCGAGUACAUCGAGCAGGAUGGCAUUCUUCACAUUCCUCGGGUUGUCACUCCAGUUCAUCUCAACGAGACCAUAUCCCAAAAGGCGAGCACCAAAAUACAGAGUGUACAGAGCUUCCACUGUCAGGAACCCCUCAAAUUAGAUCCCACCUCGCCUGGCCUGAUCACUGGAUUCAACUUCAUUGAGGAUACCUCUGCACAUAAGCCACUGGAGGCCAGCGAGAUUGAGAUUGAUGUUAAGUGCGCAGGAGUCAAUUUCCGCGAUGUCUUAAUUGCAGUUGGACAGUUGAAGGCUAGCCACGUCGGGUCUGAAUGCUCGGGUAUUGUCCGCCGGAUAGGUACCGCAGUUUCAAGAUUUAGAGUUGGAGAUUCAGUUGCCGCUCUUCAUGAAGGCUGCUUCGCCACUUCAAUCCGCGUUCAAGAAAAUGGACCCGUGGUUAAGAUUCCUGCUGGCGUAUCUUUGGAGGAGGCAGCAGCGUUGCCUGUCAACUAUGCCACUGCGUACGUCGCAUUGCAUAACGUGGCGAGGAUUCAGCGCGGAGAGUCAGUAUUGAUUCACUCAGGAACUGGCGGUACAGGCCAAGCUGCGAUUCAAAUUGCGAAAAAUGCCGGGGCUACUAUAUUUGCAACUGUCGGAUCGUCACAAAAGAAGCAAUUCCUGAUAGAUACCUAUCAGAUUCCCGAAUCACACAUCUUCUCCAGCCGAACAACUUUGUUUGCCCAGGCCAUAAAGCACCAAACGGGAAACAAAGGCGUCGAUGUAAUUCUGAACUCACUCGCUGGAGAGAGUCUGCUAGCAUCCUGGGAAUGUAUAGCACCUUACGGCAGAUUCCUCGAAAUUGGUAAGAGGGAUAUUCUGUCCAACCAAGGACUUCCGAUGUCCCAGUUCCUUCGAAAUGUCACGUACAGUGGCGUGGAUCUCGCUGCUAUGUCUGUUGAACGGCCGGAAGUGUGCUCGGCAGCUCUUGACAAGAUAUUCGCUCUCGUACAAGAAGGGAAAUUGCACCCAUCACAGCCUAUUCAUCAGUAUGGCGUGGGCGAUAUCGAGAAAGGAUUCCGAGUUUUACAAGGCGGCCAGCACCUGGGUAAAAUGGUGCUUGAGAUGCGUCCCGACGACCAGGUUACGACCAUAUUGCAAAAUAAGCCGAGCUACUCAUUGGAUCCCAAUGCCACAUUCGUCGUUUGUGGAGGCUUGGGUGGAUUAGGAAGUAAUAUCGUCCACUGGUUAGCGGAUCGAGGCGCCCGUCACCUGCUACUCCUCUCGCGUUCUGGAGGUCAAGACAAAAAGAGUCGUGCUUUGAUCGAUAGUCUGAGAGUGCGAGACGUGCAGGUGAUGGCACCAGCAUGCGACGUGUCCGAUGAAGUACCAGUGCAAAAUGCCUUGCGGGAGUGUGCGUCCCAGAUGCCCCCUAUCAAAGGAUGCAUUCAAGCGGCCAUGGUCUUGCGAGAUGCGCUCUUCGAGAACAUUUCACAUCAAUCAUGGCACGAGUCCAUUGCUCCCAAGGUCCAAGGUUCAUGGAACCUGCAUCAAUAUCUUCCACGUGGAAUGGAUUUCUUCAUCAUGCUAUCUUCCAUCUCUGGUAUAGUCGGAACUACUGGGCAGGCCAAUUACGCGGCUGGAAACACCUUCCAGGAUGCUUUGGCUCGUCAUCGUGUCGGGCUUGGCGAGAAAGCCACCGCUCUUGAUCUAGGAGUGUUUGACUUUGCUGGUGCGGUAGCAGAGAAUUCUCAGUUGCAAGAAAUGUUAAUCACGAACAUGGGACUGGAACCGGUGACUGAACCCCAACUCCAUGCUGUGUUGGACUAUUAUUGCGAUCCUCAAGUCCGCCUGCAGAGCAACACAGAUUGUCAAGUCACUGUGGGCCUGUCACCAAAUGCCGCACAGGCACCAUGGUUGAAGAAGCCGAUGUUUCAGCAUCUUGUGGCGCAUGAUCUCGGAAGUGCUCGCUAUGGUACUGAUUCAGUCGCUGCAUCCCUUCAACAAGUCGGGUCUCUGGCCUGUGCCACGGCGGUGGUCACCGAAGCCAUUGCACUGAAGCUCUCAAAGGCUCUAUCGAUUGCCGUGGCUGAUUUUGACCCAAGCAAGCCACUGCAUCAAUAUGGAGUGGAUUCUCUAGUUGCCGUGGAGCUGCGUAGCUGGUUUGCCCGGGAAUUGCAAGCUGAGAUGGCUGUGUUUGAUAUUCUGGGAGGAGCAACCUUGACAUCCGUGGCCCAGUUGGCCACAAGUAAGAGCAAAUUGGGCAAGGAAUCUUGGUCGUAG